GUUCGGGGAAGCGUCGCGAUGUGUGGGUUGUUAGCUGGAGCUAGCUGUCCUCCUAGCAUCCUUGUGGAUUUUACUUGUAGUCACACACGUAGUAACCGUAUCGUAGUCAGUGCAGCUGUCGUUCGUUUUGUAUUUCACCUCUGCCUCAUCUCCGAUAUUGCUGAGACUUGGGCCUGACCUGUCGGAGGAAUAUUUUUUGCUGAAGGGGACAUCUGUUUUCAUUUUCUCUCAUGAGGCACUAGCCAGUUAUGCCCUCUGAUUUUAUAUCGCUGCUAAGCGCGGAUAUCGACCUUAAUUCCCCCAAAUCCCUCUACUCUAAAGAGUCGGUGUAUGACCUGCUCCCCAAAGAGCUGCAGCUGCCUGGCUCUUCGCAGCAGGACCAGCCCGCUAUGAGUCAGAAGAGCGGAGGAGAGGCCGGCCCUCCCCCUCCGGCAGCGUUGGCCGCAGAUGCUGCAAACUCCAGCACCAUGUCCUCCAGCCCUGUAGGGGGCAGCAACACCUCCACCACCACCUCGCUCCCCGGCUCCUCCUGCCCAACCACCACCAUGCUGCCUGCCACCCCCACACCGGAGCAGCAGCAGCAGCAGCAGGGCUCCCGGCUCCUGGGUGUCCCCCUAGCAGAGGAGGGCCCUGGAGGUCCGGGAAGCUCCGGGCUGUCUGCAGAGGUGGCAGCGGCGGCCGUGGCGUCAUCGGCAUCAUCUGUGGUGGAGAGUGCCGGGCUCACGCCCUCCAAGCGGCGGACGGUGCUGAACAUCUCGCCCCCUCCCGAGGACCUGCUAGAUGACAGCCGCAUGUCCUGCCAGGAGGAGGCGGCCACGGCCACGGCCUCGGCCCCGGCGGCGAGCACCACGCUGGACUCGGAGCAGAGCGGCAGCAUGUGGAUGGAAGAGUCCCUCUCCAGCUUCAGCAUGGCCAGCAGCAGCUCCUACAACGACAACACGGAGGUGCCGCGCAAGUCCCGCAAGAGGACGCCGCGACAGAGGCCUGGGCCCAAGCCCACCGCCACGCAGACGGCCAGCAUGGAGGUGUUUGAUGCCGACAGCGCCAACGCGCCGCACUUCGUGCUCUCGCAGCUCAGCUCCGACACGAAGGCCAGCCCCAAGGGCAGCAGCAACUCCCUGGAGACGGGCGGCACCCUGCGGGCAGGGAUCCUGUCGGCCCAGUUCCCCCAGAAGAGCGAGGGCAAGGAGCUGAAGAUCCUGGUGCAGCCGGAGACCCAGCACCGGGCGCGCUACCUCACCGAGGGCAGCAGGGGCUCCGUCAAGGACCGCACCCAGCAGGGCUUCCCCACAGUCAAGUUGGAGGGCGCGAGUGAGCCGGUGAUGCUGCAGGUGUUUGUGGCGAAUGACACGGGGCGAGUGAAACCGCACGGCUUCUACCAGGCCUGUAGGGUGACUGGCCGCAACACCACCGCCUGCAAGGAGGUGGACAUCGAGGGGACCAUGGUCAUCGAAGUCACUCUGGAGCCCACCAACAGCAUGACACUGGCUGUGGACUGCGUAGGCAUCCUGAAGCUCCGUAACGCUGAUGUUGAGGCUCGCAUUGGCGUGGCGGGCUCCAAGAAGAAGAGUACACGUGCCCGCCUGGCGUUCCGCGUCAACAUACCUCGUCCAGACGGCUCCAUGCUGACGCUGCAGACCACGUCCUCGCCCAUCCUCUGCACUCAGCCAGCAGGUGUGCCUGAGAUUUUGAAGAAGAGUCUGCACAGUUGCUCAGUGAUGGGCGGAGAGGAGGUGUUCAUCAUCGGCAAGAACUUCCUGAAGGGAACCAAAGUCCUGUUCCAGGAGAACACUGCAGAUGAGAGCGGUUGGCAGGCCGAGGCAGAGAUCGACAUGGAGCUGUUUCAUCAGAAUCAUUUGAUAGUAAAGGUGCCGCCGUUCAGGGACCUCAACAUCACCUCUCCUGUGGCGGUUGGCAUCUGUAUCGUGACCAACGCGGGGAGAACAAAUGAGAUACAGCCCUUCACCUACACUCCCCACUCCGAGCCUUCAGCAGAUGUGCCUGUGAAGUCAGAAGCGUCAACCUCAGCCAAGUCCUGUCCUUUUGAGGAUCAUAUGAAAGCAAUGCAAGCUGGGGGCAGUAAUAUCGACAGCACCGUUAUGACUCCACUGAUAUUGAAACGAGAAGAGGUCACCCCUAUGGAGGUGUCUACUAAUGCCCCUGCACCCAAUGUCUUUAAGCCUGAAGAAGUUUUGGGAGCCCAACAGCAAAUUCUGGAGGUGAAUGUAAACCUCCCAUCCUCAGGCAACGAGUCCUUCCCAAGUCCAGCUUCCCUCCAGCCGGUCAGCAGCACACAGCCACAACAAGCCGCCAUGUUUCCCCCUGCUGAACCUCUCAGCACCAUCCAGAAGCAAGACAUUGCACCCAGUGCCUCCUUCCAGGUGUCCUUAUCUGAGGAUGCCACCGUCCUGCAGCCCGUACCCCCUCAGGUGCCCCAGCAGUUCCUGCGGGAGACCCCAGAGACCCUUUCCCCAGAGGAGAGUGGCUCAGAAGAGGCCGGGAUGUUGGUGAUGAGCAUGCCACAGUUGGUGGAUUCCACUCCUGCCGUGGCCCAACAGGCCCCUGUCACCACCUUGCUCCCCCAGGAUGGGGUUGCUCAAUUUGAGAGAGCAGUGCAGGAGUUGGAGGCAGGUGGUGGGGGUUCCCUCGUACAGCAGGUCCUGGUGGCAGCCGCAGCACAACAGCAACUCAGCUCUGUACUCUACAGCCCCACAUCCUCUGCUGAAACCUUGCAGAAACACGUUCAGGAGAACAUGAACAGCCUUCAGCUAGAUGGGAAUGAUAGACCCAUGAACACUCAGCAGCAGCAGCAGCAGCAGCAGCAGCAGCAGCAACAACAACAACAACAACAACAACAGUCCUUGCUGGAAAACCUACAGCAUCAACAUCAGCAAGCUCUGGAAAACCUACAGCACCAACAGAAUGUGCUCGAAAACUUGAAACAACAUCAGAAGGUCCUUGAGAACAUGCAUCAACAGCAAGCCUUGGAGACCAUGCAGCAGCCACACCAGAAGGCUCUUGAAAACCUGCAGCAGCAGCACCCCACAGUUCUGGAGAGCAUUCAACAGCAGCAGCAGCAGCAGCAGCAGCAACAACAGCAGCAGAAUUCCAUAAUCAACCUGCAGCAUCAGAAGGUUCUGAAUGACCUGCAGCAGCAAAAGCAGAGUUUUGAGAACCUACAACAACAGCAGCAGCAGCAGCAGCAGCAGCAUAACGUCUUUAGUCUGCAACAGUUGCAGUCAGAGCUUUUGCAACAACAGGUCCCCAUGCAGUGCACUCCCAGUUUCCCUUCCAGUGAUGCAGCAAAGCAACAGGCCACUGUCCACUCAUCCGAUGGUCUUCUCCACAGUACUCCCCAGCAGCAGCAGCAUCAACAGCAGCAGCAGCAUCAGCAGCAGCAGCAGCAUCAACAGCAGCAGCAGCAUCAACAGCAGCAACAACAACAACAGCAACAACAACAGCAAGCACUUUUCCAACAGGCCGGUGGGCUGUUGGCAAUCCAGACGUCCAGCUUCCUCCAGCAACCAACCUCCCACCCUUCCCCACCUCAGCAGCUCUUUCAGACGUCCAACCCAAUGUCUGAGGCCCAGAGUCAGCCAGCGGUGAUGUUUGGCUCCAAACCAGCGCCCGCUCAGGCACAGGUCCAGGCAGCUCUUUUCCCGGGUACCAUCACCAUGCUGGCCACUGACCAACAACAGGGGCCCCCUGCUACGCUCUUCCUGGAUCCUACUGUUCUGCCGGCACAGCUGACGACAGACGGCGGUCAGAACCAGCAACAGCAGCCGCAGCAGCAGAUCACUUUCAUCACCCCCAUGCAGACGUCCACAUCUGAGGCUCAGGUCCAGGCUGUGUCACUACUGCAAGGGCAGAUGCAGCUGGCCACUCCUAUGGAGCAGCAGCGGUCGCCCCAGCAACAGAUGCAGCCAGCCUCUCAGCCUGCCACCAUGUUCCAAAGCCAACCCCAGCAGCAGCAGCAGCAGCCGCAGCAACAAACUCAACAACAACAACAGCAGCAGCAGCAACAACAGCAGCAGUCCGGGCUGCUCUUCUGUACCAACCCCCUCAACCCCCAGGACCUGCAGCAGUCUCUUCUCUUCAGCAGCCAGCCCCAAGGCCUCUUCCAGGAGCAGCAACCGAUGCAGGUGAUGACCAGCGGUGGGAACGUGAUGGUGGAAUCUGCCCCCAACCAGCCUCCAGUCCCCCAGCCGCAAGCACAGCCAAACCCGCUGUUGUUCUCCCAAGCAGGAGUCGUGUCGCUGGCACAGCAGGACACUGCAGAGCCCAUGUCCUUCCAGGAUCAGAGUGCAGUGGUGGUGGGAGACCCCUCUGCUCAGGGUGGCACCUCACAGCCAGGGCUGUUUCAGGACCAGCAGCCCAUGCAGGUGGUUCCUAGUUCGGGCAACGUGUCGGUCGGCUCCGGGGAGCAACCCACGGUUGAUAUCUUCCUGCAGCAGGCAGCCAUCAGUGCUCUGCAGGGAGGUGUGCGCACCCAAGAGAUGCCUCCAGCAGCCCCCACGGCAGCCAUCUUUUCUGCGCCCACUGCAAUGUCCGUAGGGGCCCUCCAGAGCUCUGGCGGCUCCACAGCACAACCAGCCCCCGAUUCCCUCUUCCAGUCAGCCAUAACGGGGACCCUCAGCCAAGCUGGGCAGACGGCCCAGCCUGGCCUGUUCCUCUUCGACCUGCCCAAUGACUGCAGUCAACUGUUGAACACCCAGGGCCCGCCUCUGACCAACCCACUGGUGUCACUGGGCCAUCCGGGGGGUCCCAUGCCCGUCCAGGUGCAGGUGCAGGGCCAGAACCAGCUGGCGAGCAGCGCCCAGAUCCAGAACCUCCUAGAGCAGACGGGCGGCCUGAGCGACACGCAGAACAUGGUGAAGAUCGACGACAUCCUGGAGACGCUACAGGAGCAGGAGAAGAACUUCUAGGCCCCGACGCAACGUCUGAAGGGGAGGAGGCAGGGAGGCGCAAAGGAGGUGCCAGGGACUGGUGGAGGUGGGGGAGGUGUCCAGUGAAGGUGUACAAUACAUGGCCUCUGUUCAAGAGUGAGAGCCGCUCACUGCCACUGAGAGGCGCUCGUGUAAAUCUAUUAGUUUCACGUCAGUAACUGUGGAGCUGGAGAGUGAGAGUGUGUCUGUGUGCGUAGAAGAGGGGGUGGUUGUCAUGUGAUUCACAAGCCGUUGGAGGUCUGGUAAUGCGGUCUGACCAGGGGGUGGGGGUGGGAAUUGCCUAGUAGGGCCUGUCAGCAUAUCACAUGGGGAGGAGGGGUGUUAUACUACACCCAGGCCCAUGUCUCAUCUCAGCACUUUGUUUUCCACUGCCUCUUCUUCCUUCUCGUUUUCUACUACUACGUCUUGUUUAUCUUUCUCUUCUUCUUUUUGUUUUUUUUCCUUCUUCCUCAUCCUCUUCUACUUUUACUGUGAUCUUAUUAAUGCAACUCAUUCUUUCUCCUUCUCGUGUUUCUCUUUCUCUCUAUUUAACUUUUCUUCCGUUUUUAUUAAGAAUAGGUUUUAUUUUAUUUUUUUCUGUGGUCCAUUUUACAGAAAGCAGCUCAUCGUUAUCAACUUGUACUCUUAUUAUUAAGUGUAUUUUUUUAAACCAUGGUAAUCUUUAGCACUUUAGGGGCCUGUGUAUGUGUGUUGGCUCCAGGGGCUCUAGCCGAGCACAUUACGCCCCUCUGCCUCACAAACGGGCCCAUGCUCUGUGUUGUGUUUCCAAGUCACUUGUAAAAGCUUUCUAGAGCUGUGUGUGUUUUUUGUUUGUUUUUAUACCAAAACUAGUAUCAGUUUCCAUACGUAACUCUUGCAUGUCCAACGUUUUCAUACUCAUCUUCUCAAAAUGUUUUGUAAGUCUUUUUAAUAUUGUGUGUGUGUGACUGUGUGUUGAAGUGAGAACAAAUGCACUUGCACAUUUGUUAACGUGUGUGUGGGUGAGGAGUGUGUGUGUCGCACUCCUUCGCAUCAGUGUGGGUUGUCUGCAAGAGGAGGCUAGCUGCCCUAAGCGUAGCCACUGUGUAAUAGGUUAUAUCUGAAGGCGUAGGUACAUAGCUUCUCAUUCAUUCCAGUCAAGACGUUAGGCCACACUGCUUUUCUGUGUGCAUCUGUAGGAGUCGACUCGUCAGUUCAGUGCCCUUUCCGUCUAUUUGUGCACAUACACAAACUACGUCAAAGAUACUAUGCGUACAAUGUAUGCAUAGUCUAUCAGCGUGUGUUUGUUUUUUUUUAAAUAGAAGGAUAUACAGCAUAUUGCUAUUUGUAAGUAUUUAACAAAGAGCUUGUUGUGUGUUUUUUGUAGUGGUAGUUAAAACAAUGCCGUAGAUGUUCAUCUGGCAUGUGGCUGUUUGUGUGUGUCAGAAACAUACAGCUUUUAUAGUGAGAACUCAUUCUGAGUGCGCCUCAUAGAAUGAACUCUAUAUUUGUUUGUUUUCGGUUUUCUAAGACAUCGGCAGCCAUUACUGAUCUACCUAAAGGUGCUACGUGUAGUAACUAUGGACACUUGUUGUGAUGUUUACAUUUGCAGUCAUAUCAGUAAGUUAUAGUGGUUUUUCUGUUAUAUAGUAAAAGAUGAACAUGUGACGGCCCCCGUGAGACUGGGUGUCUCUCAAUAUCUCUGGACCUCCUUAGACUGAGGGCCUCUUGUCCAGGUUUCCUGAAGUUAGUGCCACAUCUUUGGGCUCCAUCUAUGGGACCUCCAGAACCUAUGGGCCGUCAAGUCCAACAGUGCUAGAAAAAGACUUUAAAAAGUGACUUGCCUGUGUAUGUCUGUCUGUCUGUCUGUGAGUGUAUAUGUACAUUUUUGUGUGUGUCUCUCCAACUUGUCUAUCAUUGUGUACAUAUGUGUGUGUUUACAGUUCUCAUGCAGAAUCAUGACCAUGAUAUUACUUACUUUUUUUAAUAACAUGCAUUUUACAAGCCUUUUUCCAAAAAAAGAGAAAGGAAAGUAACUGACUUUGGUGACAAGUCCAAUUCAGGCUUUCUUGUCAUUUCCAUUUAUCUUCCCCUUGUUUUUCACAUUCAUCAACCUGACUUUGAGACGAGACAAAAAAAUGGUCAAGCUGGUUGUUGCUUCUGUUCAUGAUUUUUACACACUUAUCAUUCUCUCCCUGACUACUCUACAUUCCCUCACUCAAGUGUGAGGGGCAACAUGCAGUAUUUUUUUUUUCAUAAAAGGUGAAACGAUGAAAUGUACCGUGUACAUUUGAACCAAAUAGACAUAAUGUAACAAUGGCGUACACAGUCAACCAGAAGGUAUCGGCCAGGUGGGGUUAUAUGAUACCCGUGCAGGAUAGAAAGAAAUAGUUGACGGUUUGUGCUCGGCUCAACUUGAGCCGCCGCCGUUUUUUUGUAUGUUACAAAGACAGUGGAUGUGGCCGUCGGCAUCACUGUGCACACAAACUGUGAUUGUUGUCCUUUCGUAGAGCUCCUCCUUGCACCCGGUGGGAUUACUGCUACUCACCGAGGUGUGUUUACUGCGAAGCACAUUGGGCUCUGGGACAGCACGCAAGCCAUAGAAACAAGCAACCACAACACACCAACCAACCAACCAACCAACAAACCAACAAACUAACACACCAUCAACCAAUCCUUACAAAACAAACACAAAACGACAACAAGGAAAAAAAGAAACAAAAGCCUCUCUGGUUGUCUGAGUUUUAGAGAAUGUGCUUGAUUACCUCACGGUGUAGGAGAGAUCAAAUUGACACUACAUCUAACUCUGGACCAACCAUGAUUUUACACUCUAUUUGUAUAAGAUGUUAAUGGCAGCAGAUCGUAAAAAAACCCUUUGUGUUAUAAAAAAAGUCGAAAUCCUUUUAAAAUUCUGUUGUUUCACCAUAUAAUGUUAACUAGUUUGAUGUUUUUUGAUGCUUUUCGGUUAUUUUGAAAGUCGUCUUUGCAUUUUAACAAGAAGAAGAAGAAAAAACACUUUCAUACCAUUGUAACAUUUGUCAAGUUGAAAUCAUGUUUUAUCACUUGGUAUAAACUUCUUUGUUUGUUUCUUGAAGUAUUUUGUGCCUUCGCAAGCCUUGCCCUCAUACUUUUUAUGAAGCUUUUGUAUAUACUAGAUAUUCAAGACAUUAGAUUUUGUCGUUGAACUUGCAAGAAGAGGGGAAGAAAAAAAAACAAGAGUUCAAAAAAUAAGAAACAUUAACAUUUUAGUGUGAGUUUUGUUCUCUUGAUGUUACUGACCCAUUUGGACUAGGCGUAGUGACUGACUGAAGAGUACGAGACCAUUUCCUGAAACUGCUAUGCAGCUCGGCCGACAGUGGGAGGGGGUGGGCAAAAGGAGGGGGUGUGGGAUGUCAGAUCUGUAUUUACAGUAGUUGCCUUGGCGAGAUUUCUUGUCACAAGGGAAAAGAAAGGGAAUGGAGGAGGUAGAAGCGUCGAUGCUCUGAAAUUUGCGAGAAGCUGGUGAAGUUGUCUAGUGUUUUUUUUGUUUGUUUGUUUGUUUUGGUGAUGUGGGCAGUAUGGUUUGUGGAGUCUGUUAACGGUUUUGACUUUGAAGUUCAAAUUUAAGUACAACUCUGCCCUGCCACCGUGUGUGCGUGUGUGUGUGUGUGUGUGUGCGUGCGUGCGUGCGUGCGUGCAUGCGUGCGUGCGUGCGAGUGAGUGAGAGUGUACCAGAGAGAGGACAUGUCACAUUUAUUUGAUUGAUAUGAAUUUGUCCAUAGUUUUGGACACUAUAAAGGCAAAGGUUUACGUGUGUGUGGGUGGGUGUGUGUGUGUGUGUUAGUGUUAUAUUUUUAUUUUUUGUGUGUGUUAACCAUCAUGUGAACAACCAUGUGAACUAAUUAUUAAAUUUUACAUAUAAAUAUACAUGUAUUUUGCUUUAAUAUGAACAUUUGUAUACUCCUGCAAUUAUAUUUCUGUAAACUAUGCUGCUAUCUCUAUGAAUAAAGAUAGAUCUCACA